UAAAUACAGUUAAAAUAUUAGUAGAAUUAAUAUCAGAAUUGAAAAAAUUCAAUGAUGAAAUACAAGAAAGAUUAAGUAGAAUGGAACAAUUAUCUAUUUUGUCAAAAUAUAGAGAACAGACAAAGGCUGCUUACA